AUGGAAAGCACGCACAUAGAAGUUCACAAUGGAAGCAUCCUCAAAAAAGCUAAUCACGUCAGAUUUGUAUGCAUUUCAGACACGCAUGAUUAUACUGAUAAUUUGAUUUUGCCUGAUGGAGAUGUCUUGAUACAUGCAGGAGACUUUACACUAGAAGGGAAUUAUAUGGAAGUUGCCAAAUUUAAUCAUUUUUUAUCAAAACAAAAACAUAAAUAUAAAAUUGUAAUAGCUGGAAAUCAUGACUUUUCUUUUGAUAGUAAUAAAUAUAAUGAACUUUUACAGUUGCAUGAACUUCCUUAUCAAGCAAGCUCAAAGGAAAUAAAAAGUUUAUUAAAAAACUGCAUUUAUUUAGAAGAUUCAUAUGUAAGAAUUUAUGGCUAUAAAAUAUAUGGAUCUCCAUGGACAAAAGAGCAUUAUCCUGGAGCUUUUACAAUAGCAAGUAGCAGUGAAAUACAAAGAAAAUGGAUGAUGAUUCCUGAUAAUACUGAUAUUUUAGUCACUCAUUCGCCUUCAUAUAUGACCUUAGAUUUAACGAUAAAGUAUCAUAAUGCAGGCUGUCAAUAUCUAGCUGAAGAGCUUCUUAGAGUCCGUCCUAAAGUUCAUAUUUUUGGCCAUAUUCAUGAAUCUUCUGGAUGAAUUGAAAACAGAGGAAUUACUUCGAUAAAUGCAGCAGUGUGCAAUCGAAGAUAUCAGCCAAACAACCCUGCUAAAAUUUUCGAUCUACCAAGGCUUGGCUAA